CCACGAGAGGCCUCCUAGCAUCCGCCAACAACUCGCAAAAAUUUUGUUGUUUCCUGUAGUUCUGCGCUGACAACUUCGGCAACAGGCGUGUAGCACUUACUAAGUCUAAAGGAUUUUAAUUUCAUACAAGGCGUGUUGUAAAAAUGGACGCUACGGCAACAACACGUCCGGUCUCUAUUGCACGAGUUUAUGCUCAUGUAAACGAGGAAAUGCCUAGAGAGUACUGGGACUAUGAAAACCUGGAGGAAAAAUACGGAUACCAAGACAACUACGAGAUUCUGAGAAAAGUCGGUCGCGGAAAGUACAGUGAAGUUUUUGAGGGCAUCAACGUGCUCAACAACACGAAAUGCAUUAUUAAGGUGUUGAAACCAGUGAAAAACAAGAAGAUCAAGCGUGAAUUAAAGAUUCUGCAAAAUUUGGCCGGUGGACCUAACAUUAUUUCCUUACUGGACAUCGUCCGUGAUCCAGAGAGUAAAACGCCUUCUCUAAUUUUUGAGUAUGUCGACAAUUUAGAUUUCCGUACGCUGUAUCCUACUUUGACUGAUUAUGAUAUCCGUUACUACAUGAAUGAGCUGCUCAAGGCCCUGGACUUUUGUCACUCCCGCGGCAUCAUGCAUCGUGAUGUGAAGCCCCAUAACGUUAUGAUUGAUCAUAGAAAGCGUCAGUUGCGGUUGAUUGACUGGGGAUUGGCCGAGUUUUACCAUGCCGGCAUGGAGUACAAUGUACGUGUGGCUAGUCGCUACUUCAAGGGUCCAGAGUUGCUUGUCGACUUCCGGGAGUACGACUAUUCUCUCGAUAUUUGGUCGUUCGGCGUUAUGUUUGCGGCCAUGAUCUUUAAGAAGGACACGUUCUUCCGUGGUCGUGACAAUUACGAUCAACUUGUCAAGAUUGCUAAGGUCCUUGGCACGGAGGAACUGUAUGCGUAUAUCAAAAAGUACAACAUCGUACUCGACCGUCACUACGAUGACAUUCUGGGCAACUACCCCAAACGAGACUGGACUUCGUUCCUCACUCGUGAGAAUCGUGCUCUUGCCAACGAUGAAGCUCUUGACUUACUUUCUCACCUGCUACGCUACGAUCACCAGGAACGUUACACUUGUCGUGAAGCCAUGGCGCAUCCAUACUUUCAAGCUUUGAAACAAACGUAAAAGCCCCCUUUGCUAUGAAAUGUUUCUUGGAUGACGACAGCGACGACAUAAAAGAAAUUAAUUACAGCUUGCAAUUGCAUGAACCGACUGCGUUUAGACACACUCUUUUUUGGCCCCGUGUCAUAAUGGGAAUGGAUAGGUUGGCAGAUACCAUUUUCGCUUGCAUGUUCGUCCUUUUCUACAGACCCGCAUACGUACAUACUACCUUCGAGCUCCCUCGUUAUGUUGCUUCCUACACGCAUCGUCAUCUGGCUUCAUGAUUUGAAUGUGUGUGCGUACUAUUGCAGAUGAUUACGGCGCAACCACAAUACACGUACAAACUUACGCGUCGCACCGUUCAUCUUUCCCUUACCGUUUGUUUUUCUCAUUUUUACUCUCUUCAUCGUGCGUGAACAUUAUACGGACAAAGCGUCUGCUUUGUUAAUGUCAUUAUAUUGAUGAUCGCCAUUGUCUGUUGAGCUUUUAGUCUGUUCUCUAUUACUCACGUACGCAAAACAGACAACUUUCCCACUAAUCGCCUUAACGUCGAAUGGUCGUAUUUGCAGCUACUUGUUGUCUAUAACUUGUUUCUUUGGACAUGCUCAGGUUGAGUCAGGAAUGCUGUCAUGCGGGACGAAAUAGUGCUAAGGAGCUUCGAGCGUGUUUCUACGUCCUCAAUCGUCGUGCACCUUAUGGCUUCCUCUAGUUUGUUUUUACUACGAUUGGUGUUAGUGGUUACUUUAGACCAGUGUACCCCAAUGCAAACAGCAGGCCUAUAGCUUGCUUAAGUUGGUGUCGUACAUGAUGGUACAUCUUUGCAGCGUAAGCUGCAGCUCUUCAAGAAUAAUUUUUUCUGUGGGCUCCAACUCGUCUUCGGUCAUGGUGAAGGCAGGUGAAAAAGUGCGUAGGACUGUGUUGGAGGUUUGUGUAUUAUUGUAUGCCUUGUUAUCUUGUAUUGCGCGUGUUGGCGUAGUACGUAAACCGUCUUAGUGCGGUAUCUCUUCAACGUAGGAGUAUGCUAAAUAACCUUUAAUAGUUAUUGCAGUGACAGUCGAAGGACAGAAAACAUAAUCCUAACUUUUAGUAAAUGUGGAAAGUCUCGUUAUACAUAAUUACGCAUUUUGU